ACUGCCUGGGAGCUGGAACUUGAGAAGGGACUUCUUACGAAGGCAAAAAACACUGAAACUUUUAGAUACUGAAACCGGAGAAAUGGAUCGCUGGCAGGAUCGCGUGGCCGUGGUCACUGGGGCAAGUUCGGGGAUCGGAGCCGCCGUGGCCCGUCAGCUGGUGAGUGCCGGUGUCAUUGUGGUGGGCCUGGCCCGUCGUGUGGAGCGCAUGGUGGCCAUCAAGGAGGAGCUGCCGCCGGAGCUGCAAUCCCGCCUGCAUGCCAUCCACUGCGAUGUGGGUGAUCUGGACUCGGUGACGGCCGCCUUCGAUUGGGUGGAGGAGCAGCUGGGCGGCUGUGACAUUCUGGUGAAUAACGCCGGCUGCCUGAAUCCUGGCCAGCUGCUCACCCUGGAACUGGAGCAGCUGCAGCAGGUGCUCAACGUGAACCUGAUGGGCGUGGUCAUCUGCACCCGUCGCGCCUUCCGCUCCAUGCAGCAGCGCGAGGUGGCCGGCCAUGUGGUGCUCAUCAAUAGCCUCACCGGACGCAACCUCAUCAAUCCGCCCGGCGACGAGCUCCAAGUCCUCAACAUGUAUCCGCUGACCAAGCACGGCAUCACGGCCCUGCUGGAGGUCCUGCGACAGGAGCUGCGCGGAUUCAAGACCCAGAUCAAGGUCACGAGCAUCACCCCAGGUGUGACCGAUACGGAGAUUCUGCCUUCCGGUUACGGUACGCUGCCGAUGCUAAAGCCGGAUGACAUCGCUGCGGGUAUUAUGUACGCCCUGGCCACGCCCCCGCAUGUCCAGGUGCACGAGCUGACCAUCAAGCCCCUGGGCGAGCCCUUCUAAGUCGCCUGCGGCAGUGCUGCUAUAAUAAUGAUGAAGAGCCCACAUUUCAGUGAAUAUAGCGAUGACUAAAA